UAUUCUUCUGGAUAGAAUAUUGUCAUCCUUCUGGGAAAGGGAUAAUUGAAAUUGCCCUCCAUGGUUACUGCUCUCUUCAAGAGCUUGAUCUCUUCUUACAUAUAUAAGAUUUACAAAGGAAUGUUUACAAAGAAAUUGGGAAAUAGUACAAAAAAGAAAGAGAGUUGUCAAAGCAAAAAGGAACAAGAUAUUUCCCAAGCUGAACAAAUAAAGAAUCCCAAAUUUACUAAUACAUUGAAAAGCACUGUCAGAAAGAUUGCCAAGUGCUCCUCUGCUCGCAAUUUGUCAGUCGAAGAGGAGGAAAACAACAGAGAUUUUUCCCUGUCCCCAACUUUCAGCUACCGGGUAGCAAUUGCAAACGGACUACAAAAGAGUAUUUUCUUAACAAAUAAUAAUGAGGAAACAUUUCAAGAUGUAUCUUCCAAUAGCAGCUCAUAUUCAGAGUCCUUAAGUGAAAUCAAAGGUCAGAGUAAAGAGUAUUUGUCGCACACCAUGCCAGUGAGACGCAACAGAAAGAGCUUGAGUAGCCUUGCCCCCUCCGAUGGCAGCUCUGAGGGUGAACGCACUUUGCAUAGCUUAAAGCUUGGUGCUCUAAGGAAACUGCGGAAAUGGAAGAAGAGCCAGGAAUACGUCUCCUCAGAUUCCGAGCUCAGCACAUGGAAGAAAACUUGGGGCCUCAGGAGCAAGUCUUUAGACAGGACUGUACGCCAUCAGAAGUCAAACACUCUUGAACCCGGCUUCAGUUCGACAGGGUGUAUCAGUCAAACCCAGGAUGUUAUGGAAAUGAUCUUUAAGGAACUUCAGGGAAUCAGUCAAAUUGAAACAGAGCUCUCUGAACUAAGGGGGCACGUCAACGCCUUGAAACAAUCCAUUGAUGAGAUCUCCAGCAGUGUGGAAGUUGUGCAGAGUGAAAUUGAACAGCUGCGAACAGGGUUUGUACAGUCGAGAAGAGAAACUCAUGACAUUCAUGACUAUAUCAAACAAAUAGGGCAUGCAGGAAGCAAAACAAGUCUUAGAUUUUUAAAUGUGCCUGAGGAGAAGUUUGAAAACACUGAAAACACAGUAUACAGAGCUUUAAAAGAGAAAAUGGGAUUUCUGGAGACGCAGCAUUCUGUGAAAAUAGAAUUUGCUCAUCGAGUGGGACAGCAGAGAGACUGCCCAAAUGCAAAGCCCAGACCCAUCCUUGUUUACUUCGAAACACCACAACAGAGAGAUUUAGUUUUAAAGAAGUCUUACAAGCUCAAAGGAACUGGCAUUGGAAUUUCAACUGAUAUACUCUCCCAUGAUGUGAAAGAAAGAAAAGAUAAAAAUCUGCCUUCAUCUCAGACAUAUGAGAGCAUGGAUUUGAAAUUACUAGCGAUUGAUCUAAAAGCUAAAAAACAUGAUUGGGACUCACCUGACAGCAGUGAUAAAGAACUGGAAUCAGAUAUAAACCGUAACAGUUAUGCAAAGAUAUCCAAAUCAGCCCCACAAAUUAAAAGAAGCGCUGCAAAAGGAAGGGAAGGGUCUUCAAACAUUCGAGUCCUUAAAGGAGCUGCAGCUGGCAACAGUUUUCCUAGUAAGAUAAUUUAUAAUGAAGAGUCAUCAGGAACAGAGAGCUUUCAGAAAGAGUCAAAGUCCUGCUACUACACUGACAUGACUCCUCUUUGGCAGUCUCAGAAUGACUUUGCAACACUCAAGCUCAGCCGUUCAGAAUCUGAUUUUUCGAAACUGUGCCAGUCAUAUUCUGAAGAUUUUUCAGAGAAUCAGUACUUCAGCAGAACUAAUGGCAGCUCGCUCUUGUCUUCCUCUGAUCGAGAACUCUGGCAGAGAACGCAUGAUGAUCCAUCCACCUGGUGCAGUGGUUUUCAAGAACAAACUUUCAACCAAGAUUACCAACCUUAUAGAAGAGAAAAUGAAGUUGAGAACACAGAGACUGUUGACAGCGGGGUAAGCAAUGGGAUAUUAUGUGCAUCUGGAGACAGGAGUCAUUAUAGCAACUCUCAAGUUUCAUUACAAGAUGACCUUUCUCCGUGGAAAGACUGGAGUCAGCUAGAACAAAACACAGACUUGGGGCUAGAUUCAUCGACACAAGAAGUUUUGGUUUAUGACCUGAGCAGCUCUUCUGACCAACAGAUAGACUAUGGCCAGCUCUCUGAUAUGCAGUAUGACAUGGAUAGUUAUGAUUUCACCCUGGAUGGCAACUCCCCCUCUGGCACUUGUCUCAGUAGUGAAACACAGAGCCAGUGGGUCAGCCAGUAUGAUGACUACCAAGAAACCAACACCCUGUAUCAGAACCAGAACAGGAAGCCCACGAUGUACCGAAGUCAAAGCGAGCUGCCAAGUGACGACUCCGAAGCGGCGCCUCCUAAAUCUUGGCAUAGCAGGCUGAGCAUUGACCUUUCAGACAAGACAUUCAGCUUUCCUAAAUUUGGUAAUACUCUCCAGAGGGCAAAAUCAGCCUUAGAAGUGGUGUGGAAUAAAAGCACACAGAGUUUAAGUGGCUGUGAGGACAGCGGGUCGUCUUUUAUAGGGAGGUUUCGGACUUUGUCCCAGUCAACUGCCAAUGAAUCAAGCACAACUCUGGAUUCUGAUGUUUAUACAGAGCCUUAUUAUUACAAAGCAGAGGAUGAGGACGAUUACAGUGAGCCAGCUGGGGAGGAUGAAACUGAUUAUGUGGAAGUCAUGGAGCAAGUGCUGGCGAAACUGGAACACAGAACUAGUGCCAAUGAAACAGAAGAAAUCACUCAGGAAUAUGAGCAGGAUCAGACUCAGUAUGAAACCCCGUACAACAUUGUGCAAGAAGAUGCUCUCGAUGGACAUUUUGAUAACCACGUGGUUAGGAACGAUGUGUUGGAAUUUGCUGUUGAUUUGCCUGCCGAAUCAGAAAUACAGGAGGAUGAAAACCAAAAUGUCCCUGAGGCCCCCAUUCAGCCUCCAGUGAAGAAAAAAAUACGGCCAUCUUUUAAAGAAGCUGCUUUAAGGGCAUACAAGAAACAGAUGAGUGAACUGGAGGAGAAGAUCCUUGCUGGAGACAGCAGUUCUGUGGAUGAAAAGGCCCGUAUAGUAAGUGGAGGUUCUUUGGAGGCGUCCAAGCUAGCAAUCCAAGCCUUUGCUGGGCCAGGCAGUGCUCUGUAUGGCAUUGACAGCAUGCCGGACCUGCGCCGCAAGAAGUCAUUUCCCCUUGUCCGCGAUGUGACCCUUUCUGCUCGGAAGUCCGGCAUCUCGCUUGCCAUGGUCAUCCGGACAUCUCUGAAUAAUGAAGAACUGAAAAUGCACGUCUUCAGGAAGACUCUGCAGGCUCUCAUUUACCCCAUGUCCUCAACCACCCCGCAUUAUUUUGAAGUUUGGACAGCCACCGCCCCCACUUACUGCUAUGAAUGUGAAGGUCUCCUUUGGGGCAUCGCCAGGCAAGGAAUGAAGUGCACCGAGUGUGGGGUCAAAUGCCAUGAGAAGUGCCAAGACCUCCUUAAUGCUGAUUGUUUGCAGAGGGCAGCAGAAAAGAGCUCAAAGCACGGUGCAGAAGAUAAAACCCAGAAUAUUAUUACAGCAAUGAAGGAACAAAUGAAGAUCCGAGAGAAAAACAGACCGGAAGUAUUUGAAUUGAUCCGGGAAGUGUUCCUGAUCCCCAAGGAAGAUUUUGUGCAGCACACGAAGGCAGCCAAACAAAGCGUCUUGGAUGGGACAUCUAAGUGGUCAGCAAAGAUCACCAUCACUGUGGUUUGUGCCCAGGGCUUGCAAGCCAAGGACAAAACGGGCUCCAGCGAUCCGUACGUGACUGUGCAGGUGGGCAAAACCAAGAAAAGAACAAAGACCAUCUUUGGAAACCUGAAUCCAAUGUGGGAUGAAAAGUUUUAUUUCGAGUGCCACAACUCCACAGACAGAAUCAAAGUAAGAGUGUGGGAUGAAGAUGAUGAUAUAAAAUCUCGUGUGAAGCAGCAUUUCAAAAAGGAAUCGGAUGACUUUUUGGGGCAAACCAUCAUAGAAGUAAGAACCCUCAGCGGAGAGAUGGACGUCUGGUAUAACCUUGACAAACGCACGGAUAAAUCUGCGGUGUCUGGUGCCAUUCGGUUGAAGCUCAACGUUGAAAUAAAAGGGGAGGAGAAGGUGGCUCCCUACCAUGCGCAGUAUGCCUGUUUACAUGAGACCCUCUUCCAUUACUUGACGGAAGUGAAAUCCAGCGGGGUUGUUCAGAUCCCGGGAGUCAAAGGAGACGAUGCCUGGAAGGUCUACUUUGAUGCUGAUGCCCAGGAGAUCGUGGAUGAAUUUGCAAUGCGUUAUGGAAUUGAAUUCAUAUAUCAAGCGAUGACGCAUUUCUCCUGCCUGUCUUCGAAAUACAUGUGCCCUGGAGUCCCUGCGGUGAUGAGCACUUUGCUGGCUAACAUCAAUGCUUUCUAUGCUCACACGACAGCCACAACAAACGUAUCGGCCUCCGACCGAUUUGCUGCUACAAACUUUGGGGCAAAAAAGUUCAUAAAACUGUUGGACCAGCUUCACAAUUCCUUGCGGAUUGACCUCUCCAAAUACAAGGAGAACUUUCCAGCCAGCAGCCCAGAGAGGCUUCAAGACUUGAAAUCCACAGUGGACCUGCUCACCAGCAUCACGUUUUUCCGCAUGAAGGUCCUGGAGUUGCAGAGCCCGCCCCGCGCCAGCGCCGUGGUCAAGGAUUGUGUCAGAGCCUGCUUGGACUCCACAUACAGAUACAUUUUUGACAACUGCUAUGAGCUGUACUCUCAGCUCACGGAUCAGGGUAAAAAACAAGAUGUUCCUCGAGAAGAACAAGGUCCAACCACAAAGAACUUGGAUUUCUGGACACAGCUCAUUACCCUGAUGGUGACCAUUAUUGACGAGGACCGGACGGCCUACACCCCAGUCUUGAACCAGUUCCCGCAGGAGCUAGACAUGGGCAAAGUCAGUGCUGAAAUCAUGUGGAUCCUCUUUGCUCAGGACAUGAAGUACGCUCUGGAAGAGCAUGAAAAUCAACGGUUAUGUAAGAGCACAGAUUAUAUGAAUUUGCACUUCAAAGUGAAAUGGUUUUAUAAUGAGUAUGUGCGAGACCUUCCAUCCUUCAGAGACGCUGCCCCCGAGUACUCCCUGUGGUUUGAGCCAUUUGUCAUUGAGUGGCUGGAUGAAAAUGAGGACGUCUCCCUGGAGUUUCUUCAUGCUGCCCUGGGAAGAGACAAGAAAGAUGGGUUCCAGCAGACCUCGGACCAUGCCCUUUUCUCCUGCUCUGUGGUGGACGUCUUCACCCAACUCAACCAGAGUUUUGAGAUUAUAAAGAAGCUGGAGUGUCCGAACCCUGAAGCCCUCUCUCAUCUGAUGCGAAGAUUUGCUAAGACAAUCUAUAAAGAGCUCCUUCAGUAUGCAGCAAUUAUAAGCCAGGAUUUCAGCUCCUACUGUGAUAAAGGAAAUGUGCCCUGCAUCUUGAUGAACAACAUCCAGCAGCUGCGAGUCCAGCUUGAGAAAAUGUUUGAAGCCAUGGGGGGGAAAGAGCUGGACCCAGAGGCAAGCGCUGCCCUGAAAGAGCUUCAGAUCAAGCUCAGCAGCGUCCUGGAUGAGCUCAGUGUGACAUAUGGGGCCAGUUUCCAGCUUGUCAUUGAGGACUGUGUGAGGCAGAUGAGCUUGGAGUUAAAUCAGAUGCGAGGCAAUGGUGCUGCCGCCCCGCCUGCCCAGAACAGCAGCGCUGUGGAGGCAGAGAUUGUCCUGCGCCCUCUGAUGGAUUUCCUUGACAAAACCUUAAGCCUCUCGGCAAAAAUCUGUGAGAAGACCGUUCUGAAGCGGGUACUAAAGGAACUCUGGAAGCAAGUCCUGAACAGAAUCGAGGCGCAGAUUGUGCUCCCCCCACUGACUGACCAAACCGGCCCUCAGAUGAUCUUCAGUGCAGCCAAAGACUUAGGACAGCUAUCGAAACUGAAGGACCACGUCAUUCGAGAAGAAGCCAAGAGCCUGACCCUGAGGCAGUGUGCAAUCAUGGACGUGGUGCUGGCAACGAUUAAGCAAUACUUUCAUGCGGGGGGAAACGGGCUGAAGAAGACCUUCUUGGAGAAGAGUCCAGACUUGCAGUCUCUUAAAUAUGCACUCAACCUUUACACUCAAACAACAGACGUCCUGGUAAAGAAGUUCAUUGAUACCCAGACAUCACAAAAUCAGGCGACUGACAACACCGUCGGGGAGAUCUCUGUUCAGGUGGACCUCGCCACUCAUCCGGGCACCGGAGAGCAUAAAGUCACGGUCAAAGUGGUGGCAAUUAAUCAUCUCACCUGGCAAACCAGUGCCAUGUUCCGGCCCUUUGUGGAGGUCUGCAUCCUGGGCCCCAGCCUGAGCGACAAGAGGAGGAAGCACGGCACCAAGACCAAGAGCAACACCUGGUCACCCAAGUACAACGAGACGUUCCAGUUCCUGCUGAGCCAGGAAGAAAGGCUGGCGGCCUAUGAGCUUCACCUCUCCGUGAAGGACUACUGCUUUGCCCGGGAAGAUCGCAUCAUCGGCAUGACGGUAAUCCAGCUGCGCAGCAUAGCUGAGAGGAGCACUAGCUCCGCCUGGUACCCGCUGCUGCGGAGCAUCCACAUGGACACGACCGGGCUGACGAUCCUGAGGAUCCUUUCUCAGCGGAACAAUGACGACGUGGCAAAAGAGUUUGUCCGGCUCAAGUCUGAAACGCGUUCUGUGGAGGAAACAGCCUGAUACUCCUCACAAGUAAAUGCAAAAUGUCAGCGCCAAGAUCCUUGACCCAGUGUUAUCGACGUCUGAAUCAUGCAUGUGUGUGCAACUCUGUGGGAAUGUUUAACUCUGUUUCCGUGUUUGCAGAACAUAAGUACUAUAUUUGCAAGGUAUGUCAAAGAGCUGUAAUAUCUUUUAUAAGUAUUUUGGUCUUUGAAAAGAAGUAACUGAUUCAAUGAGGUGCCAAAACUACAGUUAAGAGCAAAAUUGUUAAUGGCAUAUUUUGAAAUAUUGAUUUUGUCUCCCCUGCUGUAAAGGUUUCCGAAUAAUG